UUAAUGUGGUCAGAACUAUGGGUGGGAAUUGUGAAAAACUGUGUGAAAUGAUAAAACAUGCUGAAGAGCUUUUCCCAAACAAUCUUCUUUACAAAACAGUGGGAGAUUAUAUGCAAAAGAAAUUUAAGGAUCCUUCAAAUCCUUCAAUUUUGAGUCAAGAUGAAGAAUUAUUUGGAACAGAUUCUUUCUUGAAUGCUUUAGAUAAGGUUGAAAAGGAGUAUUUGGAGAAGGUACAAGCUGAAAAGAAAGCAAGAGAAAAAGAAGAGGCAAAGGGGAAGAAGAAAAGUAAGAGAGUCAUUCGAUCCACAAAAUGCUUGGAAUUUAGGGAUCGACAAAGAACAAACUCCUAGUCCGAUGGUUCAUCCAACUGAGACACAAAUUGGACAAAACAUUGAUUUGAACCUCGGGCUAGGUAUGGGAGGGUCAAGUAGUGUAGGUGUGGAGCAGGAGCAACCGGUGAUUGAAGCAUCGGAAUUUGAUCAUAUGUUCAAAACGCAAGACCCUACAUUUGAGGACAUUUUGAACAACCCAUUGAAUCCAGAAUUUCAAUAUGCAGGAAAUGUGUCAAAGGACAAAACAGCAAGUGAAAUUGAAAUUGGCAAACGACCUAUAAGACAAGUUCACAAUUUGCCUGCUUGUCUCAAAUCACCAUUCAUGGUAAAAUACAAAGAUUUAUUCAAGGAUGUGAAUGCAAUGAAUGCAACAAUUUCUGACUAUGCAUUCAAUGAUGGUCCUAAGGAGUAA